UCUACUAAAACUAUACUAAUUAUUUUAUGAUCAAGCAACGAGUUCUUAAUUGGCUCGUUUUAUGAAUAUACCAUAAUUCCAUAUUUGUGCCCUCAGCUCUCCUAAUCGCAGUCGACUGUCAUUAAAAUGAACGCGUUGGCCACGUCUACUUUGUUUUGGCUACUGUGGUUUGGCAGCCCCAUUUGCCUAAAGUGUGAGGAGCGUAGUUUUCGCAUAAAGAUGGAUGAGUUUGCUGUUAAAUAUAGAAUGCGCGAUUUGAUACAGCAUAUAGAUUUUCGAAUCGUCAAUCUGAACAAUCGGAGUUACGUUAACGGCGAGAUGAUAGUGAAGUCUGAUGUGGAGGAUAUACUAAUGCACACAACCAUGGAUUUCUGGAAGACAUCCAACCAGAAGAAAAUAAAGCUAUAUGAUGGUCGCUUGGAUGCAUGUCAGUUCCUAAAAACUUCACACCGAAAUGGAUUGUUUAAGAUUUACGUGAAGAGUUUUAAAAAGCAUAUACAUGGAAAUCUAACUUGUCCUCUAAGAAUGAACUUUAACUAUACGUUGACAAAUUGGCACAUGGAUGAGAAGGAUCUACCGCCGUUUGUUCCUUUGGGAACUUUUCGGACUGUCACCGAAUAUUUUACUCAAGAGCGAUUGGCACUGCGAAUUGUGACGAAGGGAAAAGUGCUUUCAUACAAGACGAAUUGAAAAUGGAAUAGAAUUUUGUAUAUAUUA